UUGCAGCAGCCGACUGUCGAGUGUUAGAGGGAUUACAGAGAUAUCCCUCCAUCCCUACUUACCUUCCAGUCAACUACCAGGUGCUCAACGCGGACUUGGCAUUCUUCCUGAAGGAAGCCAAUCAGGAUUUCAUGAGGAACUCUAGCCUGAUGUCAAGAACUGAGUCCUUUUUCAUCUACCAGGCCCGAGGUUUCCCAUCAGUCAAUGCCAGUUACGGGCCUCUGUCGGUGGAGCAGUCUGUCCCGUUAGAUCUCCUGCAGAGCCCAGGGACUUUUCCUGCCUCUUCCAUAUUUACCUUCAAUUGGAAGGUGCAAACCUUUAUCAUGAAUAACAGAAUUCACCUGGCCAAACCCAAAGUCCAAGUCCUGUUCUAUGUUGCAGGCAGAGACUGGGAUGACUACAGUGCCAUUGACAAGCUGCCCUGUGUGCACAUGUUUGCUUUCCACGAAACCCAGGAGGUGCACGGUACUUGUCAGCUGAAGGGUGAGCUGGGAGUGUGCAUAGCUGAGCUGGAACCCCUGGCCACCUGGUUCAGCUCACCCAGCAUUGUGCCAGGACGCCAGAAGAAUCUUGAGAUGUCCGAGGGCACGCCAGUGGAGCUCUACUAUAUACUGCAAGCUACAGAAGCAGGGGAGUGCCACUCGGAGGAGACAAAGAAGGAAAACUUCAUCCGCUAUGCACAGGAAGGGCUGUUUGGUUCUUAUACCUCCACACCUCUGAGGAGGAUUGGUGGAGUGAGGCUCUACCAGAGCCCCACGCCUCCCCCCCUUGCCGAACACAGACUGGAUAAUAACUUCAUGGUAAUGGUACCGGCCACACCCAUGAGGCAGAGGGAAACUGUGUCCGCUUUUAUCACUGUGGCAGCCUACUCUCCUGUGGAGAUGUUUACUCUCAGGGUGAAGUUGAAAGAAGGAAUAACAUUUCUGGGAGCUCGGCCCAGCAAUCCCACUCAGUGGAUAGUAAGCCAGGAUGUGCGGAGUGAAGGCCACCGUGUGGUCACGCUCCACUGCCGCAGGAAGGAAUCCAGCUACGAUCAAAGGUCUGAGAUGGGUGUUCAGCGAGUGCUCCAGGUGGAUCUGAAAAUGGAAACUAUGUCAGAGCUGCAGGGCAGUCGCUGGAUGGCCUGGCAGGUAGAGUACCCAGCCAGCCACGCCACCACACCAGAGGCCGAGACUGAGAUCCGUCUGGCACAGGAGGACCUUGCAGGCAUUGUGCCACUGGCUAUGGAUUCUGAGAUUCUGAACACCGCCGUGCUAACAGGGAAAACAGUCGCUGUCCCUGUUAAAGUGGUGACCAUUGGAAUUGAUGCCACCAUCACAGAUGUGUCUGAAGCAGUCACGUGCCGCUCCACAGAUGAAGAUGUGGUCAAGGUCUCAGACAGGUGUGACUACGUUUUUGUGAAUGGAAAGGAGAUGAAGGGAAAAAUGAAGAUGAUGGUGAAUUUCACAUACAGCUACCUGAGUGCUCAGUUGGAGCUGAGCGUGUGGAUUCCUCAACUCCCCCUCCAGAUCGAGGUGUCUGACACGGAGCUGAGCCAGAUCAAAGGGUGGAGGGUUCCCGUCACGCCCGGCGGUCAGAGGUCCAUAAGGGAUAGUGACGAUGAGGAUUAUGAAGACAGAAGAGGACGAACCUGCACUCUGCAAUACCAGCAUGUAAUACUCAGAGUCCUGACCCAUUUUGUAGCUGAAUCUGCAGAUCCCCGCGGCCAGACAACCUUCAUGCUGGGAUCUGAUUGGCAGGUGGACAUCACAGAGUUGGUGUGGGAUUUCCUGAAGGUAGAGAAUCAACAGAUCGCCAAGCUACUGGACAGGAGGAUACUUGUCGGACUUGACACUGGAAUGACCACUAUACAGGUGCUGUCGCCUUUGUCAGACUCCAUCUUAGCAGAGAAGACCAUCAUGGUGGUGGAUGACAAAGUGACCAUCACAGAGUUGGGAGUCCAGCUGGUCACAGGCCUCUCCAUGACACUGCAGCUUAGCCCAGGAAGCAACAGAGCCAUCCUGGCCACCACAACCACCCAGGAGGUUCUGCAGAGUCCCAAACAGGAGGCCUUGAUCAGCGCCUGGCUGCAGUUCAGUGACGGCUCUGUGGCUCCUCUAGACUUGUACAAUCCUGAUGUUUUUGUUCUGACAGCCACCUCCCUGGAUGAGGAUGUGGUGACAGUGCAGCAGGAGCCAUCCUGGAAAUGGCCUGUCAUCGUGACGGAGGCAGAGGGCCAAGGCCUCCUGGUCAGAGUGGAAAUGACUGUUUGUGAGAUCUGCCAAAAAUUCAAGCGCCGCAGCAUCCUGGCAGCAGGAAACUGCAACGUCAGAGUGAAGUUUGGUCAAAGUGACAGCUCCAGAGGAGGGACCAGUGAUUACAGCCCAGAUGGAGACUAUAUGGAGAACAGAGGCAGGCUGUCACCCUCCCAGGACAGGACCGGCCUCGACACCCACUACUAUGGCAGCUCCAUCUCUGACAUGGAGGACGGGGUUUUAAGGAGGGCCACCACCACAAGAAGUGCAAUAAUGCGCAGACCCAGUGGGGAUAAACUUUCACAUGACAGCAACCAUAACAUACCUGUUGACUUUGCAGACUUUCCCGCUCAAGUAGACCUGCCCCGUGGUCGAAACAUGGAUGAUGAUCUCAUCCAAACUGCUCGUGGACUUACAGACUUGGAGAUUGGCAUGUACGCCCUACUCGGGGUCUUUUGCCUGGCUAUUCUGGUCUUUCUCAUCAACUGCAUCUCCUACACCCUCAAAUAUCGCCACAAGGAGCUCUCCAUUGAGGACCAAGAGAACAUGAGCCAUGCCCAUGAUUGGGUGUGGCUAGGGAAUGAGGCAGAGCUGUUGGAGAGCCAGAUCAGCUUGUCACCCCAGCAGGAGGAGCAAACGUCCAUGAUGGACUCCAACAGUGGACUGGAGGAAGGCAGUCAGUUACUUAACGGAGGCUCAGCCCAGAAGAAUGUGCAGGGACAAGUGCACCGAGGAGCAGACGUGGGCUGCAUAACCAAGGACAGCAAAGGAGACUCCCCCACCACCAAGCGGAAGCGAGUCAAAUUCACCACCUUCACCACCAUCGCCUCAGACAGUAGCUACCGUACAGUGAACACGCUCAGCGCGAGCCACAGUCAAGACAUUAAGUGGGUGUGCCAAGAUGUGGAGAUGGGUGACUCCAAGGAGCUUCGUAAUUACAUGGAAAGAUUAAAUGAUUGUGCCACAAAAGAGGUGGCAUAAUGCACUGUGCGCACUUGUAACAAACUCACCCUUAUGCCUUUCAUAAGAAAGAUGUUCUGGGCAGAAAUUACACCUACAGGUGCGUGAAAGAGGAUUACCCAAACCCGUGAAAGGGUCCCCAAAUUCAAGAGCAUUCUUGUGAUUCUGCAAAUAUUGUAUCAUGACCAUGAAAAAAAAAAAUCAAUGAAUGAGGACUUCAGAUGGUUCUUUAACAUUUGUUUAUCAGUUAUUACCUUUGUAUCAUAAUUUUAUCGUUAUGGGCUUAGACACAAUAAAAUAAAGGAAAGCGUACUGAUCUGCAUCAACUUGUGAUAAUCAGUCAACAUGUAGAUUUUAAAAUGAUCAGCGACUGCAUAGAUGUUCGGAAUGUGUAUACUCAUUAAAUGGUUUUGGAAGUUUUGUAACUUUA